UAGACCACGAUAUAAGCAAACAAGUAAAAGCAGCCAAUCCGCUGCUUUCCUGCUCGGUUGCGUAUUGGGUUGGAUUGAAGCGUCUCCGUUGGGCACUGGGCUGCUCUCAUCAAUCGUACUGACGCUCGGCACUUGUGUGUGUGGAUCUUCACUCCUUGGAUUGUGACUUUGAAACAACAGACCCAGGGCAGUGAUUUUUUCCUGAUUAGAUUCCGCAGUCUCUGUGAAUAUUAGAGGCUACAGCUACAAGAUAAAAUAUUUUAAAUGCUGAUGAGAGUUAGGCAAAAAAGUGCAACUCGAAUAGAUGUGUCCAACUGCUGCUGGACUUCAGAAGCUAUUAAAACACACGCUGCCCUGCCGGUGUAGCAUGGCCACGCUGCACUGUCAAAACAAAGGAAUAACUAACUAAUAAGAAAGCAAUCAACAGGAUCAUCGUCGUCAGGAUCGAUCGACAAGGCUGAUUGAGGAGUACACCCCAAGUCUCUAAACUGGAGCCUACUGCGAGCAUCGAUUAACGGAUUUGACAGAUCACCUUCAGACAUCUAACAGCCUCAGAGCUUCUCCGUGUGUACUUUGCCAGUACAGCCGCAGGCAGGCAAGCAGAGCUGAGUCUGUCAUUGGGACUCACUAAUGAGCCCUCACUCCAUUUCCCCAUGUGGAGGAAUGUUUGCGCUGUAGAGUGAGCGACCGAGUAAAGGGGGUGAGAGAGGGAGUCACAGACAGGGGAGGGAGGGACGGAGGGAGUGAGUAAGGAGCCAAGGAGUGGAGUGUGAGAGGAGCUACCGUACCUGCUGCUCUCACUGCUCAAAUAUUAACAACGGAUUUCAGGGAACUGAUGCUGCUGCUCUGGGACAAACCCAAACUGUGGAGGCAGCCGGGUUCAGUGGUUUGUGGACAGGCACUGUGCUGCUGCUGCUGGAGGCACUGCAUAUAAAAGACUGAUGGAGGAGGAGGUCACAGAGCCGGAUCCUCAGAUGGUGGAGCCCUCCAGCAUGCCAUCGCCAGGGACACAUGCGGAGGUAAAUGGAGACUUGCCGGGCAACCCAUACCUGAGGGAUGAUGGGACAGUGGACGUGGUGGAGAGUCCGGCAAGGGAGCCUGUUGUGCUGCAGUAUCCUACAGAGUACAAUCUCAGCCAGCAGUGUGGGGAGAAGAUGCCGUUCCACCAUGUAACGGCAGGCCUGCUCUACAAGGGGAACUACCUGAGCCGCUCGCUGUCUGACAGUGACAGCGAUGUGCUGGCCAGCAUCUCUGUUGAGGAGCUUGACGAGAUCAGAGAGGCGUUUAAGGUGCUGGAUCGUGACGGAAACGGGUUCAUUUCCAAACAGGAGCUGGGCAUGGCCAUGCGGUCUCUGGGUUACAUGCCCAGUGAGGUGGAGCUGGCCAUUAUCAUGCAGAGACUAGACAUGGAUGGGGAUGGACAGGUUGAUUUUGAAGAGUUCAUGACGAUUCUUGGUCCCAAGCUCCUCUCAUCUGAAACAAGAGAAGGCUUUCUGGGCAGCACAAUCGAUACCAUCUUCUGGCAGUUCGACAUGCAGAGAAUCACCCUGGAGGAGCUGAAACACAUCCUGUUCUACGCCUUCCGUGACCACCUCACCAUGAAGGACAUUGAGAACAUCAUCAUCAAUGAGGAAGAAAGCCUAAAGGAAAACUCUGGCAACUGUCAGACAGAGUUUGAGGGAGUUCACCCCUCAAAGAAGAAUCGUCAGACGUGCGUGAGGAAGAGCCUCAUCUGCGCCUUUGCCAUGGCAUUCAUCAUCAGCGUCAUGCUCAUCGCAGCCAAUCAGAUGCUGAGGAAUGGCAUGGAGUAGCUGUGCCCACUGUGAGCUGGAAACAAGCCAGCCUGCAUGUGCAUGCCAGUGGGUGAGGUCGUGUCCCUGUUGAUUGGAAAAGAACUGCAAGGAGUAACGCUCGAAAUAAUCAACGAAAUCUGUUUUUAAAAUUGUUUUUAGUAUUUUUGAACGAGGGCCACGUCUCCACCCGACGUCCAAUAAAACCAUGAAGCCAGCAUGAGGAGUCGCGCAGGACUCCUCCCCCUUUACUCUGACAGGGACACUCAAGGGCUGACAUUACACAUAACAUACUGUUGUCUCUGUUUCCCUGGUGUAAUAAAAAAUAAAUAAAAAAUCCGACAACGAUGCAGGAGUUAAGAGCUGUUCGCUUUCCCAGCAGCCGAAAGUGAUGCACUUCUGCUGAUCUGUCACCCACCAGAAGACUCACGAGCUAUCAGGGCUGCAGUCUGGCUCCCAGGAGAGAAAGGAAGGAAGGAAAUAUUUGCCCUCUUAUUAGAGCUCCUGAGAAAAGAUGAUGGCAAAGCUUGCCACCACUGAAGCAGGAGGAUCUGUACAGGCCACAGCUUCUCGCACGUUAUAAUACUCCAGCCCUCCAUCUAACUACUCUGUCUGGGGGCCAGUAUAAGGUGCUGGCAUCACUUCAUCAGCCCUAGAAGCCAAUCAGUCAAGCAUCUGAAAUGUUAUAUGGUAACUCCAGGCUUGUCUUUUGAAUGAACACAGAAGAUUGAGAAAUAUGUAAUUUUUUCCUCUUCCUGGACACUGUUGGGUGAACAGUGUGCAGAGUGCAAAGAAAAAGUCCUAUUUACAGAGAAAAAAUCCACCCUCCAAUGCUCUAGAUACUGUGUGUGUGCGUGUGUGUGUGUGUGCGUGUGUGUGUGUGUGUGUGUGUGUGUGUGUGUGUGUGUGUGUGUGUGUGUGUGUGGUAUACAGGUGUGAAUCCAUUGCAUUCAACUGUGUCAUAAUGUGUAGGUGGAAAUAGCGAGGAUAAUGGUAGAAUCAGAGUGGCGAGAUGUUUUUCCAGCUGAGAAAACUUGAAUCUUGCCUUUUAAUCUAAAUGUAAAAUGUUUUGUGGCAUUGAAGCAUUCAGGCUUCAUGUCAGAGUUCCAGCAGGAUGUCUUUUGCUACUCUUUGAUGACAAGGGACAGCUACCUAACCCUAACAUAUCACUGUUUUAAAUACUUAUUUAACAAACAUUUUUAUCUCUGAUCUGGAAAUACAUCUGUGACAUCAUCAUGUGGCAUCAUCGUCAUAACUCGUAUAGGAAGAAUACAACCAACCAAAGACAAGUCACCACCAAGAGAGUGAUAAGGUGUUUCAGGGUGGAUUGUUUUCAUUUGAGUUUUGGGUGGGUUUUUGUUUUUUUCUUGUCCUUUAAAUCAUCCCACAUCAAUUUAAAGAUUUCUUAAUGCUGUGGAAAGUUGCUGGGCAGUUCUAAAACCCAAAUUUAAAAGUUUAGUAUCAUCAUAAAUGUGGUAUAUAUUAUUAAAAUCAAAGGGUUUGCAAAAUUAACAAGGUACACUUAGAUUGUUUUAGCUGUAUUCACUUAAAUCUGGGUGGCUCCACAGUGUAGCGGUUUAUGCAUUAUUUGCCUACUAACCAAAAGCUUUCAGGUUUGAUCCCAGGAGGAGGUUUGAGUCCCUUUAGGGCUGCGUCAGGAGGAGCAUCCAUUAUGGAAAAACUGACAAUUCGAACAUGUGGAGCUACCUGCUGCAGUGACACCUUGUGAUUAAGGGAGCAGCUGAAAGUAGCUUGCACUAUUUUAAUCUUAAUCCAGUCGUGCAUGACUGGAUUAUCUGCAGAACCAAAAUUGUACAGAGUCCGCUGAUUUCUGUAGAUUUAUCAACUAUUAAAAAAAACUUAUUGAUUUUAAUUACUUUUCACAGCAAGAGUAACUAAAAGAGUCCACUCGUACACUUGUUUUAGACAACUAGAUCUUUAUUUCUGUUCUUUAAAGAUACAUCAUGCUCUCUGUAUCUAUUUGAUCCUGGGAAAUUUCCCUGGACGUGACAGUUUUAGAUCACACCUUUUUGACCUCUUGAGGAAAAAAAUCUGCAAAUUAAUUGAUACUAAUAACAGUUUUAAGUUGCAGCCCUUUGGUUGCAGAAUAGACAGAAUGAGAAAAACAUACUCAUGUGCACAUUAAAUACAGCUUCAAGGCUAGAACCCAACUCAUGUGGAAGAAAAACAUGUCACUGACUCACUGACUUUAGUACUCACCAUAAUGAAGGAUAUAUUUUAUGACUACAGAGAUGGAAGUCAAAUCGUGCCACUCUUAAAUAGUUCCGAGGCAAAACAAACUCUAACUAAUGGGAUGUACAAAUAUUCUCACAGCACUGAAUAAUUUGACGGUUCCUCUCCCACCGAGGACAGCUCUGAACUCCUGCACUGACUUUCAUCUCAACAAAUAACCCCCCCAUCAGGGGUCAGAAACACCCCUAUUAUCAAGUGCAUGCGAUCAAGUCAGUGUCUUCUGUAAAUACUGUAACCCAUGUCUGAAAUGUCUCCAGUGUCGGUUGAAGUGUACAGUAUCUGUGUGUGCGUGCAUGACCGUCGGUGCUCUCUGCUCACUCGGGUUCAGAGGUGCAGGGAGGAGGCUCAGCAGGCGUAGAGGCGGCUGCUUCAUCACAAACAUGCCAGGUGCAGGCGGUAAAGGCCCUUUCUGUUUCCUCUCAACCCUCCUGCCAAAGCCAUAGAACUCUGCAGAGGUGAACCAGACAACACAAUGUAGACAUUUUUCCCUGUUCCUACAUGGAAACACAAGAUCAAACGGGCAUUUUUUUGGCAUAAAUAUGUAUAUCAUAUCGGACUCAGUUUGUUCCUGUUAUUGUUUUUGCACUGUACCUGUCAUCCAUUCCAGUGAAACGAUGCAGAAGGUUGUAGGUUUGUGCAAUAGUGCCAUCUAGAGGUGAAGUAACAUCACACUGGCCGUGCUCUUGUCCCGUCACGGUGUUUGCGUGUUUCUCCCUCUCUGCACACUCAUGGGAAUGUGCUGUCAGGCAGGACUCAGCGUUAUAUUCACAAUAUGUGGAAAAUAUAUUGAUAUUGAAUGUUCAAAUAUGAGGAUUUUUAUGUAUAAUGUAUAGGUUGACUUUGCUCUACCUACACUUCAGGCAGAGCAGCACUUGCAAUGCGAACACAUAUUUAAACGGUGUAUUUAUAGGAAUAGAUUUCUUGCCUAUGGCAGACAAAGUGAUUUUAAACCUGUAAAAGGUUUCAUUCACAGAUGAUUUAUUAAUAUCACACCCUGGAGACUUCAUAAAGAGCACUACUGCAAAAGCAGCCUAAACGACCUUGUACAGUAGGUCACACUGGUUUAGUUUUUCAUCAAAAUGCGUUUUUUUCUUUUUAUUAUUUUUUAAAAUGUUGCAGUACUGGUGGACAUUUCCUACAAAUAAGAACUAGACUCUACUGUUAUGUAGUGGUUAAUUGGAAAACUAUUUUAUCAUGAAUUUCUUAUUUAAAAAGAACUUAAAUUUUAUUUGAUACGUUUUGUUUGGAUGGGUACUGUUAUUGCAGUGAUGCUGUAAUUAAACUGUCUUCACCCCAGUAGAAUGAUUGCAUGACUCCAUCACUGAAGUGGAGGUUUUGUUUUGGAGGGGAAUCGCACAGUGUCUCUUCAGUAGCAUGGUGGUUGGAUCCCACAUUUGUUUCUUAUGUAACAUUGUAAAUAGCUACUAAGACAGCAUAUCUAUUGGACAAGCACAUAUUAUACAUACUUUGCACGUGCAGUAUUUAAACAUGUAGACUAGAGAAUGACUUUCAGUUGUACUAUUUAUUAGAGGAAUACUAAUUAUCACUGUAAAUAUGAAAAUCUGUACAAAACAUCAAAGCAUUAAGAAUACUUGCAAUAAAAAAGACAUUUUCUAAA